AUGUCCAGUAAUGUGCUUUCUGUUUUCCAUUUUAUCCUAGAUGCUCACGGAAUCCGUCUCAGCGUGUACUCUCUGACUACCACCGUGGAACGCGCGCAAGUGAACAAGCUACCCACAUGCCCUAUUUGUUUGGUUGAUUUUGAGGAGGGCGAUACGAUCAUCACGCUGCCAUGUUUUCACAUUUAUCACAAAAACUGUGUCAGACCGUGGCUACAUUCGGGCGACGGGUGUGCCAUGUGCAGGCUGACCCCGCUGGAACUAUUGCAUGACGCCGAUAAAAUCAUUCAUAACGGCCAUGUUGACGGUCGAUUCAAGGAGCAGCCAAUGAAGUCAAAACCCUUACUGAUUAAAUGAACCACACUAUCUGACCAAUUUUGCCAAAAAAGGAAGUUGCAUGAUUAAAACUAGUGAG